CGGCUACUGGUUGGAUGGUCAAUUGGCGUUGCAAUCUGCUGUCCGAAUCAAACAUGUACUUCUGAGGAGUAACGGCAAAACGGGCUGUAUGCAUAUGAUCUGUGCAAGAAUCGGACAGUAUUGACACGAAUAACAAACUUGUGAUGGGGACCGACAGUAGAUCGACCUUCGGAUCCUCCAAGACCAACGGCCAUGUAAGCAGCUACCAGCAGUCACAAUGGGAUGAUGUGCUGCCUGUACCCAAACUCAGCUUCUCUGUGGCAUCUGUCAUCGUCUUCUGUCUGGCGGUACUGUGUUUCGCGAACAGCCUCGAAGGAGAUUUUGUUUACGAUGAUAUUUCGGCAAUUACCUCCAACAAAGACUUGCGUCCAGAAAACCCACUCGCCACCCUCUUUGCUCAUGACUUUUGGGGAAAGACGAUGAACAACAAAAGCCACAAAUCUUUCAGGCCCCUAACCGUGAUGACGUACAGGUGGAACUAUGCAUGGGCAGGUGGCCUUCAUCCUCAGGGCUUCCACGUUGUGAACAUCGUCCUGCACGGCUUGGUGUCGGUCAUCUUCAUGGCAGUCUUCUCUGUCCUCAUGUCUGGUUACCAGGUGGACCAGGAAUCUGCCAGGCCGGUGUUUGCCUCGCCCCGAGCUGCUCUCCUGUGUGCUGUGUUGUUUGCUGUGCAUCCCAUUCACACUGAGAGUGUAGCAGGUCUCGCGGGUCGAGCUGAUCUGCUGUGUGCCUUGACCUUCCUCCUUUCGUUCUUGUUGUAUGCCAGGGCCUGCCUCUCACCCCAGUGCCUGGUCAGUUACCGGCCCGAGUCAUUCUCCCUGGUGUCUCUGCUCGCCAGUAUGUGUCUGUGUGUCGUGUCCACCUUCUGUAAGGAGCAGGGCAUCACUGUCAUAGGUAUUUGCAGCGUCUUUGACAUCGUCAUUGUGUGUAGGCUUCAUCCUCUACGGUGGCGUGGGUUCAAGAAACUAAAGAACAGUACAGAAAAUGGUCAUUGUAGAUUAAUCGAUAAGCAAGAGAUACCUCACUGGGCAAAAGGCCUCAUCACCCGCCAUCUCAUCUUGUUUGUAACUGGUGCGUCUCUCCUCAUCACACGCCUUUGGAUAAUGGGGUCCACACCCCCUUCAUUUCGUCAACAUGAAAAUCCACAUUCGUUUGUUAACAGUAGUUUUUAUAGGAUGUUGAACUACAACUACCUCUAUGCAAUGAACACUUGGCUGCUGUUGAAUCCAUGGUGGCUGUGUUUUGAUUGGUCGAUGGGCUGUAUACCUGUCAUCACCUCAUUGGCUGAUCCCAGAAUACUGGCAGCCAUAGCUCUCUGGACUGGGCUUGGUGGUUUAGGCUUCCACUCCUGUCGUGGAGACCUUACCAGGAAUCACAGGAUCCUGAUAACUUCUCUGGCAGUGUUGGGUAUUCCAUUCCUGCCCGCCAGCAACCUGUUUUUCCGUGUGGGCUUCGUGAUCGCAGAGAGGAUCCUGUACCUGUCCUGUGCUGGCUUCUGUAUGUUGGUGGUGCUCGGGGCAAGGCAGAUUUGUCUUCAAUUCCAUCUACAUUCCACUGCAAAAAAGAUGGUUUCUGCUGGAUUCACAGUUGUCAUAGUAGCGUUUGUUCUACGAUCAAUUCAGAGAAGCAGCGACUGGAGGGUACCAAUGGAACUGUACAUAUCGGGGGCCAGUGUUUGUCCACUCAAUGCUAAAAUUCAUUUCAACAUAGCCAAGCUUGAGGAACAAGACAACCCAGACUAUGCUAUUGAGAAAUACAGACAUGCUCUCAAACUGCACCCUGGCUAUGCAUUUGCGAUGAACAACCUGGCAAUCAUCCUUAAGGAGAGAGGGGAUCUGUCGGAUGCAGAGAAGCUGCUGGAGGAAGCUGUCAAUGUCAGGUCAGACUUCUCGCCAGCUUGGACCAACCUUGGUAUUGUGCAGGCGGCACUGAAGAAGAAUGAGUCGGCUGAAGCCAGCUACCUCGAAGCCGUUCGACUCGAAAAUGAGCAUUCUAACGCACACCUUAACCUUGGAAACUUGUACCGGGACACAGGCCGACACGAGGAGGCCCUCGGUGCGUGGAGGACAGUUGUAGGGUAUACACCAACGUUCGCCAACGCCUGGAGGAACACAGUACUUCUUUUAUAUCAACUUGGGAGGCAGAACGAAGCUAUCACAGCUGGCCAACAGGCUCUCGAGGUGGUGAAGAAUGACUCGACACUGAUGCUGAUUCUAGCCAACAUCUACAUACAGAUGCAUCAAUACUCUCAAAGUGAAAUACUCUUGCUAGAUGCCAUCAAAAUAGACCAGCAAAACGCCAUGCUCUACAAUAACUUAGGUGUGCUUUAUCAGCAGUGGGGCAAGACUGAUCAAGCCAACGCAGUAUACAUGAAAGCCAAACUACUAGCACCAAGGAGGCGGUAGUACAAGGAUGCAAGGAUAUGGUAUAGACUAUUUACAAGGCUGUGCUUCCAGGACCAAAUGUGCAAAAAGAGAAGUUGUUCUAAGCAACAGAGAAUGACAUGUUUACAAGAACCAGUCAAUGCAGAUAAACGCUGUUAUAUUUCUGUUGCAUAUAUCCUGAUUCUAGGAUUGUCAAAGCAAGAGAAUAACCUGUCGAGAUUUUCUGUCGAAACAGAUUCCGCUUGGCGUAAAUGGCAAAUAGCGAUUGAAAUUAUAUGAAUGGACCACUGAAGCUCAGUGAUGACACCAGGUGUGCGCGAAAACGGUAAGCAUGUCCUGCCCGACCGGUAGAACCCACCAUUUGCAUAUAAAAAUAAGUAUUUAUUGCCAGACGCAGCACAGCAGUACUCAUACAAUGCGACAUCAGCCUGUAAAAAACCUGGCAAUCAAGUGAUCGAUGAACCACAAAAUCCAGUGACACGAGAGUACCAUUACUGAUUUUGUUGAAACUAAUAAAAACGGUAUGUUUAUUUUGAAUUACGUCUGCUGUGUACAAAUGCAGAUAUUUUGCUGCUUAUAAGUAAACAAAGACAUUGAGAAAUAUAUUCGUUUUGCAACACAGGGGGACGCAGUUUUAAAGUCUCGACCUAAACAUAAAUACAGGUAAAUAACAGUAAACAAGGCAUGGUCUGCUGAGGCCAUGCAUUAUUUCAUCUAAAUACAAACGUCAACGUCAGUCUAGAUUAUCUGCCGAAACAGAUUCCAUUGGGUGUAAAAUGGUGAUGAAAAUUAUGUGAAUGGAUCAGUGAAACUCUUUGAUGACACCAGGUCCCUCUUGCACAAAG